AUGGCCGAGCUGGCUCCCGAGUUCAAGAAGCUCUCCGUCUCAGUCGACGGCGUUGAUCUGUCCGUCGCCGUCGUGCACGCCCCUGGGGACCCCGAACUAGCACCCAUAGUGUGUCUCCAUGGCUUUGGUUCGACAAAAGAAGACUACUACGAUCUCGCCCACCAUUCCCCCUUUCAGAACCGUUCUUUCCUGGCCUACGAUGCCCCAGGCUGCGGAGAGACCGAGUGCUCCAACCUCUCACGCAUCUCGGUGCCUUUCCUAGUUCGCACCGCCGAAGCCGUUCUCGACCGCGUGGGAAUCACCUCGUUCCACCUAAUUGGCCAUUCCAUGGGUGGAUUGACGGCGCUGUAUCUCGCGCAUAAGCAUCCAGAGCGCGUACGCAGCUUCGUGAAUAUCGAGGGUAACCUAGCACCGGAGGACUGCUUUCUCAGUCGACAGGUUGUCACGCACGACGAUCCGCAGCUGCACCCCGAACAAUUCUUCCAAGACUUUAUCGACCGAACCCGGCGUUCCCCUGCGUUCUCGAAUGCGCUGUAUGCGUCGAGUCUGCGGCACAAGGUACGUCCCGGGGCGGUGCGGGGUAUCUUUGGCUCCAUGGUCAAAUUGUCGGACGAGGAGGACCUGAUGGGGAUAUUUUUGGGUCUACCGUUCCCGCGCAUGGUCAUGUAUGGGGAACUGAACAACGGCUUGUCUUAUUUGCCGCAUCUGGAAGAAAACGGGGUAGAGUUGGCCGAGAUCCCAUACAGUGGGCACUUCCCCAUGUACUCCAACCCCCCGGAGAUGUAUAGACGCAUUGCGGAGUUCCUACCGGAGUGUUAA